UUCCGGUCAAGAAAGAAGUUUCAUCUGUUGAAAAAUCUCCCAAAAAAACCUGUUUUUCUGGCGAUUUAGGCCAAAUAUUUUAGAUUAAACUAAAAAAUUACAAUAUUUACAAUCACAUCCACAGAAAUGGCUCUUCAUUUCAGUGCAAAUCAGUAUGAGAAGGAGUUUCAUCCCAAGAGGCUCCAGAAUUGGGAAGUUUCAAAAGUUCAUCGAGCGCCCAUUCAUCCAUUAUUACAACAUCUUCCUGAUGUUGACGCGGAGCGCCCUCGAUCACAAGAAGGAUUCACUCAGAUUAUUGCAACUGACCGAGGUCACCUAAAGCCGGGCGUAUCGAGAUCGUUGGAAAAUCCAUGGGGCAACUUCGUCGGAACGUGGGAUCAGAAAUGCCAUGUGUUAGGUAACAACGCCAGCAACCCCACUGCCCGAAAUAACAAAGCCAUCGCCAAAUACACCCAGAUGGUCCAAGAUGGCGACGACGCCCGCAUGGUCAAGACACCCGUCAAUCAUAAAAUCGAUAUGUCCAAGAAAGCAUCAGAGGCGGAAAUGGCUGGUGUGAAAGAUUCCCCAGGCAACCGCUCCGGUGCGAGAACCCCUGACCUCCGUGACCUCAGCGACCUCCGCGACCAACCGACCGACAGCCCGAUCCCGAGACCAUCCGCUGCCGCCAUCAUGACACCGACGUACGAACAAGUUACAGCGCGUCACACAGACGAGAAGGCUUGCUCGCCAAUCGAUCGAUACCCGUCCCCCAAGUUGAACACCCCCCCUCCGGCAACCGGCAUGUCUGAAGGCAUCGGUUCCUCCUAUCCUGAUGGUCAUCAUUUCAAGGCAUACUAAUUUUCAAAGCAACUUAAAUUUAAAACGUGUCAGUUUGUAUGUCCCACAUUUAAAAAAAUACAUCACACGUAUUGGCCGUGUUGUGACAUCAUUUGGACGUCAAUCCUUGUCCUUGACCCUAGUAACGUCGCCGAUGAAGAUCGUCAUUUGUUGAUAAUGUCUUCAUUGACGUCGCCACACUCACUGCUGUCGUUGUGCACACGUGGGUCAUUGACGUCAACUUGACGUCCAAAAUAGUGUCUAAGUGCGCUCAUCCACCAAGCACUAAGUUUGCCACUUCUUGAUUCAAAUAUUUUGAUUAUGUGUUGAAUUGAUCAUGAGAAAGUUUGAAUGCUAUCAGCCUGUCAAUUAGUUUUCUGAUUUGGAAAAGAAGUGUAUCAAUUUACAUAUUAUGUAACUCGUGAGAACAUUCCAUCAUUGUAUUGUUGACAGGUAUUGCACUAUUUUCACAAAUGAUUUGCCAUAAUUGUCUCCAAAUUGUCAUGGACUAAAACCAAAGUUAGCAAAAAGUACCAUCCCGGCCCAUCGUUGUAAAGUUUAUAAGACAAAGUUAGGGCCCCAAUAUUUGAAUAUAUGUACCCCUAAAGGUGAGGGUAUAGCCAGGAUCACCCCCUGGCUGUAGGCCUACAGGUAAACCAAUAAUGGGUGAGCCUUAGGAAAGGGUUGACCAUAGGUACCACCAUUUUGGCUAGAACUUGAAAUCCUAAAGCU